UAAAGUUACAUAGUGUCUAUUUUUUGUUGAUAUAAGAGGUAUUUUCAUGGGUUUGCCUUGGUAUCGUGUUCAUACCGUUGUAUUAAAUGAUCCCGGCCGUUUACUUUCUGUUCAUAUAAUGCAUACAGCUCUGGUUGCUGGUUGGGCCGGUUCGAUGGCUCUAUAUGAAUUAGCAGUUUUUGAUCCCUCUGACCCUGUUCUUGAUCCAAUGUGGCGACAGGGUAUGUUCGUUAUACCCUUUAUGACUCGUUUAGGAAUAACUAAUUCAUGGGGCGGUUGGAACAUCACAGGGGGGGCUAUAACCAAUCCGGGUAUUUGGAGUUACGAAGGUGUGGCCGGAGCACAUAUUGUCUUUUCAGGUUUGUGCUUUUUGGCAGCUAUCUGGCAUUGGGUCUAUUGGGAUCUAGAAAUAUUUUGUGAUGAACGUACUGGAAAACCUUCUUUGGAUUUACCCAAAAUCUUUGGAAUUCAUUUAUUUCUUGCGGGGGUGGCUUGUUUUGGUUUCGGCGCAUUUCAUGUAACAGGAUUGUAUGGUCCUGGAAUAUGGGUGUCCGACCCUUAUGGACUAACCGGAAGGGUACAAUCCGUAAAUCCCGCAUGGGGUGUGGAGGGUUUUGAUCCCUUUGUUCCGGGGGGAAUAGCCUCUCAUCAUAUUGCAGCAGGGACAUUAGGUAUAUUAGCGGGCCUUUUCCAUCUUAGUGUGCGCCCGCCCCAACGUCUGUACAAAGGAUUGCGUAUGGGAAAUAUUGAAACCGUCCUUUCGAGCAGUAUCGCUGCUGUCUUUUUUGCAGCUUUUGUUGUUGCCGGAACUAUGUGGUAUGGUUCAGCAACCACCCCAAUUGAAUUAUUUGGUCCCACUCGUUAUCAAUGGGAUCAGGGAUAUUUCCAGCAAGAAAUAUAUCGAAGAGUUGGUGCUGGGCUAGCCGAAAAUCAAAGUUUAUCAGAAGCUUGGUCUAAAAUUCCUGAAAAAUUAGCUUUUUAUGAUUACAUCGGCAAUAAUCCGGCAAAGGGGGGGUUGUUUAGAGCGGGCUCAAUGGACAAUGGAGAUGGAAUAGCCGUGGGUUGGUUAGGACAUCCUAUUUUUCGAGAUAAAGAGGGGCGUGAACUUUUUGUACGUCGUAUGCCUACCUUUUUUGAAACAUUUCCGGUUGUUUUGGUAGACGGAGACGGAAUUGUUCGAGCCGAUGUUCCUUUUCGAAGGGCAGAAUCUAAGUAUAGUGUUGAACAAGUAGGUGUAACCAUUGAGUUUUAUGGUGGCGAACUCAAUGGAGUCGGUUAUAGUGAUCCAACUACUGUGAAAAAAUAUGCUAGACGCGCUCAAUUAGGUGAAAUUUUUGAAUUAGAUCGUGCUACUUUGAAAUCGGAUGGUGUUUUUCGUAGCAGUCCAAGGGGUUGGUUUACUUUUGGACAUGCUUCGUUUGCUCUGCUCUUCUUUUUCGGGCACAUUUGGCAUGGUGCUAGAACCUUGUUCAGAGAUGUUUUUGCUGGUAUCGACCCCGAUUUGGAUGCUCAAGUAGAAUUUGGAGCAUUCCAAAAACUUGGAGACCCAACGACAAGAAGACAAGCAGUCUGAUAGAACAUUCUUUUGUGCCUUUUCAACUUUUUUUUAUUGUUAUUUUAAUUUUACGUAGGGAACCGGGUAAAUCUGGAUUUGAAUCAUCACUUUUUUUACUCCUGCUCUUUUUCUUUAUCCGGGAUAUGGUCCUAAAUAAACAGGCAUGAAAGCUAUAAUUGUAAACCACGAUCAAAUCUAUGGAAGCAUUGGUUUAUACAUUCCUAUUAAUCUCUACUUUAGGAAUCAUUUUUUUCGCUAUC